GCAAUCGUUACGUCGCUUCUGCGAUAUCGGAAGAUAACAUCGCAGCUAUGUCCAAUGAAGAACGUUUGAAGAAACUUUUAUCAGACCUUGGAAAGGCUACUCUUCGUGGUGUUCGAAAAUGUCCAAAAUGUGGAACUUACAAUGGAUCGCGUGGUCUCUGUUGUAAAAACAAAUAUUGUGAUGCAGUGUUCAAGGAACCUGGUGAGAAGCGAAAAUUAUCUACAGAAGCAUGCAAGUUAAUUACAGGUUCAACAGUGCAAGUGUUUUCUGUACGAGUCAAAGACAAAGGACCCGAUUACCGUGGCUUUGUACAGUUACCAUUGAUAAAUGCCACUAUUUCAAAUAUUACAACACUUAUUUCACAAACCACAGCAUUAUGUUUUGUUGACAGCUGUGAAAGAAGUUUUCAUACCAGUGUUCUUAAAUGUCAUGAGAAAGGUUAUUCAGAAAAUAUGUCCAUAUGUCAGCACAUUCAAACAGCAUUAAAAUGUUAUGCUGAAGCACAACCAUUAACUUUAAAGAAUUCUAUUUUAUCGUCGUUAAAUGUAAAUAAUGAAACAAAGCAAGAGAUAUGGCUGUUAGCGACAGAAACCUCAGGUCCCUUAGUACAAAGAGUCUCAAAGAAUAUAAUGGCAGUGAAAUGUAAAGCUUCCCCCAAACAUCCUCUAGGCUAUUUACACUUUUCUUUCUUUGUUAGUAAACUAAAAGAUAGAAUAGAACAUCGUUACUUCUGCAGUUGUACUACAUUUAAGGGUACAACAAAAAUAGGAGGAGAUAAAGGAAUGGACGGAGGGACUUCGUCCCAAUUAAAGCGAUGUGUGCAUUUUUACGCAUGCAUUUGUGCUUUUGCUAGCGACCCAAAGUUAUCUGAAGAGUUUAGUUAUUACAUAAAUCUGGAUCAAACACAAUCUAGUAUAGAAAAAUCUCUAACAAUUGUACCGCAAAAUGAAGAUAAAAUUGUUGGAAUUGAUCUCGAUAGUUUAACCACCGACGAAACUGAUACACAUCUUUUAAUUUUUCGUGAUGAUACUCUUACUGUACAAAGUUUAGAUGGAAAUAGAUUAGAUUUAGAUUCUAUAAAUUUAGAUUCUUCGAUUUUAUCCCAUGGUAUUGUUGAAAAUAUAGAAGUGGAAUGCGAGCGCAGUUUACUAGACGAUAACAAUAUAAUAUCACAAGUUCACAAUUUAGAAGUAAUUGAUCAAAAUGGUGUUCAAUUGGGAGGAGGAAAUACUAUAAAGAUACUGGAUGAUCAAGGAACAAUUGACACAAAAUACAAUGUACUCAAUAAUCAAAGUCAGUAUAUAUUAAAUGACAGUAAUAUAAAAGUAUUGGAUCCGAGUACAUUGAAAGUUUUUGAUGCCAGUACUAUCUUGGAUGUGACUAAUGCAAAGCUUGUCGACAAUAAUGUUGCCCUAAAUAACCGUAGUGUAAAAAUAGUUGACAGCAACGCAAUAGUAAAUUACAAUAAUAAAAGUACAUUAAAUUCUGAAGGUAAUGUAAUGCAACCAACAAUUUCGACAAAACGAAAAAGAGAUGAGAAGCAUAUGAAUAACAGUAAUUUGAAUCUAAAUUCAAUUGAAUUAAGAAAAUCGAAGACAAAAUCACAAAUUGUUAAAAAAUAUCAAAAUACUUGCGAUGAUUUAGAUGAGGCCAGUACAAGUUUGCCAUUUAUCAAGUGGCUUGCUUCGAUAACCGAACGAAUAAAUCAAACGAUGCAUUUUCAGUUCGAUGGUAAACCCGAUCCCUUAGUAUUUCAUGUACCACAGAUAUUUUUUGAUUGUUUGCGCGAACGAAUCUCAUGUGGUGGCAAAAAGAAACGCUUGCCGAAUUCAACGACGGCGUUUGUCAGGAAAGAUGGGGUACCGCUGGGAACGUUCACUAAAUACACAUGGCAAAUUACAAAUAUCUUGCAUGUAAAGAGUAUUUUCGAGACGCCGUAUAUACCUUUGGAAAUUACAAGAAGUUUUGUACAAAACGCAGACGGAACAUAUGAAUUAUAUAAACGUGAGGAAACAGAAAUAGAUCGUUUUAAAAAAACAAAUAAUAACGCAUUGAUUAAACCAUUAGAGUUGAAAACAUAUUUAAAAGUGGGAAAUACUUCUCCGAAUCAAAUUGAACCUACACCAUUCUUGAUAGAAUGGAUACCGGAUAUUUUGCCAAUUUCGAAGAUUGGUGAGCUUAGAAUUAGAUUUGAAUUUGGACAUGUAAAAAACGAAACAAGCCAUAAAUGGAGGAAAAUUGCUCUUUCUAAAAAUGAUUAAAAUUUUUAUUUUUGAAUUUUAACGUUUUUACUUUUUCAUCGUACAUUUUUGAACAAUAUGUGAGAAUUUAUAAGA